AUGACUGGAAUUCGACCAAGCAUGCAUUUGACAGGGGACGUGACAGGCUGGACAGGCUGGACAGGCUGGAUGACAGGGCUUAAGUCGUUUGGGCUCCCCAAUGCUCAUUCCGUUACCCAGCCCGAAGGUAGUUCGCGCCAAAAGUUUCUCAUCUUCCCUGGCACGCCUGGCCGUCCGUACAUUCUUUCCUCUGCAAUGCGACGUACACCAUACUACCAUGCCCGUGAAUCAAAAGCAGUAUUGAAAGACAUUGCUAUAUAA